AUGGCCCGCCGCGCCCCCCGGCUGCUCGUCCUGCUGCCCGCGCUGCUCGCCGCGGCCGCCGCGAGCGGAGACGCCCGGCCCAACAGAAUCGCUGUGGUUGGGGCCGGGAUCGGGGGUUCUGCUGUGGCCCAUUUCCUCCAGCAGCAUUUUGGCCCCCGGGUCCAGAUCGACGUGUACGAAAAGGGGGUGGUGGGCGGCCGCCUGGCCACCAUCUCCGUCAACAAGCAGCACUACGAGAGCGGGGCAGCCUCCUUCCACUCUCUGAGCCUGCACAUGCAGAACUUCGUCAAGCAACUGGGGCUGAGGCACCGCCGUGAGGUGGUUGGCAGGACCGCCAUCUUUGGUGGGGAGCACUUUGUGCUGGAAGAGACCGACUGGUACCUGAUGAACCUCUUCCGCCUCUGGUGGCACUAUGGCAUCAGCUUCCUGAGGCUGCAGAUGUGGGUGGAGGAAGUCAUGGAGAAGUUCAUGAGGAUCUACAAGUACCAGGCCCAUGGGUAUGCUUUCUCUGGUGUGGAGGAGCUGCUCUACUCGCUGGGCGAGUCUGCCUUUGUCAACAUGACCCAGCGCACUGUGGCUGAGUCCCUGCUGCAAGUGGGCGUCACCCAGCGCUUCAUCGACGAUGUGGUCUCUGCUGUCCUGCGGGCCAGCUACAGCCAGUCAGCAAUGAUGCCUGCCUUUGCUGGUGCCAUGUCUCUAGCAGGUGCCCAAGGCAGCCUGUGGUCUGUGGAAGGUGGCAACAAACUGGUUUGUUCUGGCCUGCUGAGGCUUACCAAGGCCAAGGUGAUCUAUGCCAGAGUGACCUCAGUGACACUGCAAGGUUCUGAAGGGAAGGCUUUGUACCAGGUAGAGUAUGAGAGUGAGGAGGGCAGAGGCUCCGAUGUGUAUGACAUAGUGGUCAUCGCCACACCCCUGGUCCUGGCCAACGGCAGCAGCGCCCUCUCCUUCCACGGCUUCCACCCACCUGUGCACAUUGUCCAGGGCCCCUUCCAGCCCACUGUCGUCUCCCUGGUGCAUGGCUACCUCAACUCUUCCUACUUCGGUUUUCCCGACCCUAAACUCUUCCCUUUCGCCAGCAUCCUUACCACAGACUUCCCUAACUUCUUCUGUGUGCUGGACAACAUCUGUCCUGUCAAUGUGUCGGCCAGCUUCCGGCGCAAACAGCCACAGGAGGCCGGCGUGUGGCGUGUCCAAUCCCCCAUGCCCCUCUCACGGACCCAGCUGAAGACCCUCUUUCGUUCCUAUUACUCGGUGCAAACGACUGAGUGGCUGGCCUAUCCCCGCUAUGGUGCCUACCCCUCCAUCCCACGCUUCCAGCUCCAUGACCAACUCUUCUACCUCAAUGCACUGGAGUGGGCAGCCAGCUCUGUGGAGGUAAUGGCUGUAGCAGCCAAGAACGUGGCUCUGCUGUCUUUCAACCGCUGGUACCAGGAUCUGGACAAGAUCGACCAGAAGGACUUGAUACACAAAGUCAAGACUGAACUGUGAGGACUCCUGAGAGCUGAAUACCUUUCCUCACCAAGUGGCUCACUUUUCCCAGCUGGCAGUGGGCAGCCUGCAUGUGCCCACCCGGCCUCGGACCCCUCAUGACAGAGCACACCCUCAGGGUGACCCUCUCUAUGCCUUUUCUUAAGGAUCCUUUGCAACUUAUGCUUUUUCCUGAAGGCGAAAGGAAGAAAAAGGGAACACAAACCAGUGUUCAUUUUAUUUUAUUUUUAUUUAUUUUUUUUUAAGAAGAAAUAAAAAUCUGUCUUUUCAAACUGC